UUCAUUAAAAAAGAAAAAUGAACAAUGUUUUGUUGCUGUUGUUGUUUUCGCCAACCAUUUUAUUAUUGACAAAAAUAAUAUUAAUCUGAUAAUCUUUUUGUUUUGUUCACGAUUAUUUCUUGAGUGAUUCAAAGUAUUUUUUUCGAACUACGAUUAGUUGAUUCAAUUAUAAAAUAAUGGAUUUAAAUAAAGAUCAAUCUGAACAUAAUGAUCCUUCGAUGGUCAAGGAUUCCAAUCAAUCCGUAGAAAACAAUGAUAUUGAUGAAAAAAAUUUAAAAUCCACACCGAAAUUGAUACUAUCAUCUGAAACAAUAAGCGAAUGGACAUUAGUAUAUUCGGAUUCGAAUUCAUCCAUUUUUGAUUCAUCAUCAACAGCGAGUAGUGAUGAUCAUGAACAAACUUCAAAUAAUAUUGAUAAAAAUCCUGAUAAUUAUUUGAAAAUUAAAUCGACCAAAUUGGAUGAUAAAAUUUCCUCGACAAACGAUGCUAUGAUGGAUCCGGAACAACCAACACAAACUGAUCAAUCAUCUAAUGAGCGAAGAUAUUCCGAAGCAUCAACAUCGUCGAUCAUUGUUUUGAAUGAAAGCGAUGAUCAAAGUGAUGAUCAAAAUGUUUCAGAAGCAUAUGAUGAUAAACGUGGCGAAUCGAUGAGACAAAUUGUUGAUUCGGAUAGCCGACAAAGACGAUCAUCGAUCGAUCGUAUAUCGACGACAACUUCAUUGACUUCCAAUAGUACAGCUAACAUAACAACAACAUCCGAUUCUGAAAUCAAUUCAGAUGAUGAAGUAUUCGUUCACAGUGUUCAUCAAGAUAAUAAUAAUCUUAAAAUUGAUACAAAUAAAUCAGAAUCCCAAAAUCAUACUGAAUCCAUGUAUAAUAAUAAACAUUCGGGUAAUAAACAACAACAACAUCAUCAUCAUCAACAACAACAGCAACGAUCACGAAAUAAUAAUCAUCAUUCGCAACAAUUACAUCGACGACGAAAAACAUCGGUCAAUGGUAAUCAAUAUAGAACAUCAUCGAAUACGAUUAGACGAAGACGAACUAUACAUGGACAGCCACAAGAUGUUUCAAUCAAUCAUCUUCAUCGUGGCUCUGCUAUUUUAUCGCCACCAAUAUUUUUAUUGUCUGAUAAUUUGAAUCCAGAUGUAAUGAUGAUGGCCAAUGAUGAUCAGGAUAUUGUUUUGGUAGAUAAAGCUAUUGAUGAUGGUGAUGGUAAAUCGAUUUAUUCCAAGCAUGAUCCAAUGAACAAUGUGUUUAUUAGCGAUAUGAAUGAUCAUGAUUCAUUGAUGACAGUUUCCCUUCCAGUAUCGUCUAUUCUUUCCUGCUGUUCAAUUGAUUCAAAGCGCGAGCAAUAUCUUGCCAAAUAUCAGGAUGAUGACCAAGAGCAUCAUGCUGAUCUAUCAAAUUCAGAAUCCGAAGAACAGUUACUGGACCAAUAUGAUAUUCCUUUAAUGGCUGCAAAAACUAAUCGAAUACGAGCAUAUUUUCAUCAACCAAACACUGUAUUAAAUAGCAAGCUUAAUUUAGCAUUAAUUCUUUCAUUGACUGCUGUUAUCGGUUUGGGUGUUGGACAUUUUCUUGGUUGGUCAACGAUUCUUAGUCAACAUAAACAGCUUUCAUUGGCACAAGUGAUGAAACUAAAACAAUUGCAGGAAGAUUUAUUGGCUUGUAUGAAAGAUCAACAGAUUCAUCUUUCAUCCGAAUAUAGUUCGGAUGUGGACCAUAAUAAAGUCUGUGUUAACGAUGCCGAUUAUUGGACUGCACGUUUUCGUUCAUUGUUUGAUGAAAAUCAAGGUUUAAAAGAAUUGUUUCAAAAAACUCAAAAACAUUUUGCCGAAAAUCGUUUUGAUUUCAUAAUAGAUGAUAAAGAAUUCAAUAACAAAAAUACGAAUGAAGAAUUCCAUAAUCUUAAAUUAGACCUACUUAUCAAACAAAUGGAACAUUUAAAAUUGUUGGAAGUUUUGGAGAAUAUAAAAUCGAAAGGUAAACAAACAGAGAAACGUGUUCGAGUGUUGGAAGAAGAGAAUCAAGAUCUUAAAAACAAAUUAGAAGAAGAAGAACAGGAUGACCGUGUGAUGGCGGAAGAUUAUAAUCUACGUGUAGCACAAUUACAAGAGGAAAAUCAAGAAUUACGCGAUCAAUUCCGUAUUGAUGAAGAUGAGGAUGGACGUUUGAUUAGUGAAUUGCAAUCCAAAAUAUGGCUAUUAGAUUCUAAUAAUCAACAGCUACGACGAUUGUUGAAAAAUUUGGAGCGACAAAUUUCCAUGCAUAAUGACAAUGAUGAUGAUGAACCAUUGACAAUAAUGAAUACAAAUGAUGAUAUUGAACAGGAUUCAAUGGAAAAAGAGCAUUUAAAUGAAAAAAAUAAAUAUCAAUCAUCGCCGGAAUCAUUAAUCAUCAAUGAAAAUGAAUCCUACCAACGAUAUAAUAUAAUACGACAACGUAUAAAUCAAUUGAUGUUGGAAAAUGAAGAACUCAAAGCUAAAAUUGCACGAUAUCGUUGGACAAACGGUGAACAACAAUACAAGAUGAAUCCAUCAUCAGCGACAGCUUCAACAAUUAAUCUUAAUGAUAAUGAUCGAGAACAAGAAUCAUCAUCUUUAUAUAAACAACAAAUGGACCAACUAAAAAUUCGUUUGACUUUAAUGCAUCGACAAUUGUUAUUAUCACGUGAAGAGAAUAAGAAUUUGCGAAAUCGAAACGAACAUCUUGCCGAACAAAAUAAACUAUUGACACUAAAGCUAAAAAAACGGAAUAUUGAUAAAUUUUUCAAUCAAGGUGUUCCACGUCAUGAUUCAUCAUCAGAUGAUUAUGAUUUCGAAAUUAAUGAUCAAGAUGAUAAUGAUGAUAGUGUUGAUGAUUCAAUCAAUAAUGAUAAUGAUGAUAAUUAUGGCCAUCAAAUAUGGUCAUCAUUUAUGGAUCAAAUGUCUGAUAAUUAUCAUCGAUGGUCGAAAAAAUUGAAAAAACAUGGUGCCGAUUUAGAUGGAGCCAGUUCAAAAUUAUUCAAUUAUGGUAAAGAAUUGAUGCAAUCUACUAUGAAUGGUGUGCAAAAAAUUUCCAAACAAUUAUUGGAUAGCUAUCAGCAACAGCAUCAACAACAACAACAACAGCAACAGAAUAAUAAAAAAAUAAGUCCAGAUAUAAUGCUAUAUUUUACUGAUCGUUUACAUGAUUUUUCGACAAUAAUUGAAAAAGGUUUACAAUCGACAGUAAACGAAUUUAAAUCAGUCAUUAAUUCAGCUACAAACAUGUAUGCCAAUGAUAAUUCUCGUGAAAAUCGUAAAAGAAAAAUGAUGAAAAAAUUACGAAAAAAACUUCGCAAACAAAAUAAAGAUGAUGAUGAUGAUGAUAAAAACGAUAAGGAAUUCAUUAUUAAGAAUAAGCAAUCAUCAAUACAUCAACAAAAUGAUGAUUGGUUAAUGGAUCGAGCUGAAUCACGUGAAAAGGCACGAACAAUACGAAAACAACAGUUUCAGGAUUCAAAAGAAAAUAAUUUAGAUUGGCAAACAAGACGUGCAAAACUUCGUGCUAAAUCUCGAAAAUUAUAAGUUUUCUUUUCGUUUUUUUUUUGUUGUUGUUGGAACAAAAUAUUAAAGAUCCUGAUUCCAAAUAUAUACUUUUAAUAUGCCUAUUACCCUAAAUAAUUUUUUUGUUUGUUUC